ACAAAAAGCGGCUGGGGCUGGGCCGGGCCGGGACCAUGACGGAGACCACCAAGACCCACGUUAUCCUGCUGUCCUGCGGCACCUUCAAUCCCAUCACCAAGGGCCACAUCCAGAUGUUCGAGAGAGCCCGUGAUUACCUGCACAAGACUGGACGGUUCAUCGUCAUCGGUGGCAUUGUCUCACCUGUGCAUGAUUCCUAUGGGAAGACGGGCCUGGUGUCCAGCCGGCACCGCCUGACCAUGUGCCAGCUGGCUGUGCAGUCUUCCGACUGGAUCCGGGUGGAUCCCUGGGAGUGCUACCAGGACACCUGGCAGACCACCUGCAGCGUGCUGGAGCACCACCGUGACCUGAUGAAGAGAGUGACCGGCUGCAUCCUCUCCAAUGUCAACACCCCCUCCAUCACCCCCGUGAUCGGACAGCCCCAGAAUGAGUCUACGCAGCCUAUCUACCAGAACAACAACGUGUCCAACAAGCCCACCGCAGCAAAGAUCCUGGGGAAGGUAGGAGAAAGCCUGAGUCGGAUCUGCUGCGUUCGCCCACCCAUGGAGCGCUUCACCUUUGUUGAUGAAAAUGCCAACCUGGGGACAGUGAUGAGAUAUGAGGAGAUUGAACUGCGCAUCCUCCUGCUCUGUGGCAGCGACCUGCUGGAGUCCUUCUGCAUCCCUGGCCUCUGGAACGAGUCUGAUAUGGAGGUGAUUGUCGGGGAGUUUGGGAUUGUGGUGGUGCCCCGGGAUGGAGCAGACCCUGAUCGGAUCAUGAACCACUCCUCAAUACUCCGCAAGUACAAAAACAACAUCCUGGUGGUGAAGGAUGACUCGAACCACCCCAUGUCUGUCGUCAGCUCCACCAAAAGCAGACUGGCCCUGCAGCACGGGGAUGGACACGUUGUGGAUUACCUCUGCCAGCCUGUCAUCGACUACAUCCUCAAGAGCCAGCUCUACAUCAACGCCUCCGGCUAAGUGCCAGAGGCCCUGCAGCAGAACAGCCCUGUCGUCCCAUGUCCCUACAGCUCUCCAUCACACUUUUCUCUCUCUUUCUGUGUCUUCAUCUCUCUCCCCACCCCAUGGCCUCUCACUCUCGGCGCCGAUGCUCCGUAGUGCAGCAACAUCCAGGGACCGGCGGCACGGCCCCACGGGGAAUGGUUUGGUCUCUUUUUUUUAUGGGAACUGUCCUCCCCAUAUACACGGGGAGGGAGGGGGGCAGAGAUGUGCUCAGUGUGCUCACUGAGGGGCAGCUCCAUCCCCCCUCCCAGCAUGUCACUGGGAAAUGGUCCCCCCCGGUCCGUCCUCCCAGCAUGCUCAGAGCAGGGGCUUCCUCU